GGUCACGACAGGACGACGUACGAGAGGGCGCGCGCCGAUCGAGGCGAUAUGGGGCGGUCGCCGUGCUGCGACAAGACGAGGGUGAAGCGGGGCCCGUGGUCUCAGGAGGAGGACGCCGUCCUCAGGAGCUUCGUCCAGAGGUUCGGCAAUGCCGGCAACUGGAUCGCCCUGCCGCAGAGAGCAGGGCUGAAGCGGUGCGGUAAGAGCUGCCGCCUUCGCUGGCUCAACUACCUCCGCCCGGAGCUCCGGCACGGCGGCUUCACCGACGAGGAAGACAGACUCAUCCUCUCCCUCUACGGCGAGAUCGGAAGCAAGUGGUCGGUGAUGGCGUCCAGGCUCCCCGGACGGACGGACAACGACGUCAAGAACUACUGGAACACCAAGCUCAAGAAGCGGUACUUGGCGUCGUCCUCCACGUCCACGACACAAGGAAGGUCGCCGCCGCCGCCGUCACCACCACCAGCUCCUGCUCCUCCUAGCGGCGACAACAGUAGCAACGCCGCCGCUGCCGCCGACAUCCACCAUACCCACCAAGACGAAAAACCCUGUCUUCCGCCGACACCUCCAGCCCUCACCGAGUUCGAUACAACCUUCGCCGACGACACGCUGCUCUUCAAGUCCGAGCAGCUGUACGCCGAGCUCGUGGGCCUCAUCGGGAAGCAAUCGUCGUCCACUGGCGACAGGGACGAAGCGUCGACGCCAUCGUCGUCCUCGUCUGCAGCCCGACCCCGACGGUUAGCAGCUCAGGUAGCUGCACUUUGUGGCCCGUGGACGGUGGACGUGCGUGACACAGCAGCACUGCUGUCCGAGCCCACCACCGCCCUGCUCGACGCUUACGGUGCUGCUGACGACGCGUUCGGGCCGGCUCUGUCCGCCUGCUCCUUCCAAGACCUGCUGGCCUCGUCUUACGUCGAUUUAUAAAGUUGUCUUAAGUCGGGACUUUAUUCAAGUCCAAUCGAGUUCAUACAAAAAAGGCGCCAAAAUUUAUGACAUCAAACUAGUAUCUUUUGAUAUAUCUAAACUGGUCGCAGAUAUUUGUACUUUUAACAUUAGGUGCUCUGCAUAUAAAACUCCCUAAUUCCCUCCAUCGACUCAGCACAUGGCCACAUGUAUAAAUGUUCUCUGGAGUAAACCGUAUCUCGGGAUAAUCCAAAC